CUUACAAUCCCCAUUCAUCAUUAUCACAAAUAACAAUUCAUAUAAAAAACCCAUCUAAACCCAAUUCUCAAAUCCACCAAAAACCACCUCAAAUUCAAUCCUCCAAACAUUGCCAAUUUUCACUUCCCUCCAACCCCCCAAUUACAAAAAGCCCAAAGAAACAAGCGCGUCGGGCCUUAAAAUCGCGUCCACAACACCACACCGUCGACCCAUCCCAACCUCAACCCUGUAAACAUCACCAACCUAACCCAUAAUAAAUUUCGCAUCCACACGUUCGCAUAUCGCGCCAGCACAGCAAACUAAACCAGUCCAGUCUCCAGCACAGUACGCACGCCUUCCUAAUUCCCACUCACCACGCCAAUCGCGAAUCACAAUUUGCAAUUCUUGCAACCAACCAGCACCGUAGAGAGGAGUGGAGAAUCCCUAGCACCGUACAACACCACACUCACGCUCAAGCGCCGAAAUCACUCAAUCAAGCAAGUAAGAACCGGAGAAGAGCGAAGUAGUCCACGGGAAUUCCACACACAAAACACCAAAUGGCCUCAACACAACAAGCACAUCCCGCCUUCCCAGCGCGCAACUACUCCAGCAUCCACAACAAGCUACCCGACAGAAACCGCGACGGAGGCGGUGGAGGGGGAGGAAACAUCUUCGGCGCAACGGGGAGGAACCCGAAUAACGAGCAGCAGCGCGCGCCAGCGCAGGGCGGUUCCUCGGCGCCCUCCAAUGCUCACCUGCAGAAUAUCACGGACGAGCAGCGCGAGGAGAUAAAUGAAGCUGUGAGUACCACUCCAAUUCGAGGGUUGAGACUGGGUAGUGAAAGGGGAGGCAAGAAGCGAUUGUUUGGAUGCAAGAGUGAGGCUUGGUGGUGGUUGAAUUAAGCAGCUCAGGUAGCUCAGUUGUUUAUAAGAAGCUUCAAAGACAUUUUGCGAAAGAGAAGAUAGCUAACACAACACCAUCCCCAGUUCGGCCUCUUCGACCUCGACAAAGACCAAAGAAUCGACUACCACGAAUUCAAAGUCUCCCUCAAAGCACUGGGCUUCGACCUCCCCAAAGCCCACAUCCUCGACCUCCUCAACACGCACGGCAUCGCGCCCUCCCCAAACCCCUCCAGCGCAAACCCCAACAUCCGCUCACAACAUCCCAAACCCAUCACCUCACUGCAAACCCCGGGACGUCUGGUCCUGACCCUCCAAGCCUUCCAAACCGUCGCCGCAACGCUAAUAAGCCAGCGCGAUCCACGGGAGGAGAUCCUCCGCGCGUUUAGUCUCUUUGAUACGAAUGACAAGGGCAUGAUCACGAUUGAUGAUCUGCGGAAGGUGGCGAAGGAGCUGGGCGAGGGGCUGGAUGAGGAUGAGUUGGUGGCGAUGAUUGAGGAGUUUGAUUUGGAUGGGAAGGGAGGAGUGGGGAGGGAGGAGUUUGUGGGGAUUUGUAUGGGAUGAUGAGGCUGGAAGAGACGGGGGGGUUUAAUACUACUUGGAAGGAAGAAGGAAAUGUUUGGCUUCGGGUCCUGAUAUUCAUGUGCAAUUCACGUUGGGGCAAAGUCGCGUGUGGGGAGGAUAUCUGAAGAAAACCCGCCUUGAGCGAGGAAAAAGAAUGCUUUUUUUGAGAGAGAUAGAGAGAGAGAGGAACACUUUGUUAUUAUCACGCACAAGCGAAGGAGUCAGGGCGCAAUUACUUGGGGGAUUGAGGAAUGGAUACUCAAGACCUCGGGAGGAUCAAACGCAUUGAAAAAGGGAUUUAUCCAUUAUAUUGACACAAAAAGACCGCUGCUUAAGAUUCUCUCCAAUCUUAAAAAAAACUAAAUAAUUGUGCCCGAUCGCCGCUCGUGAAUCUUUCCACUUUUUCGCACAAGAAAAAUCUAAUAACUUGGGGAAGAGCAAGGAACAAGAAAAAAAGAAGUCCUCAAAAUGGCCAUAACGGGGAAUAGGCCUGCUACACAUGCUUCUCAACCUAUCCAGCAAAAAAAGAAGAGUAUUUGUUCGCACGCCUGCUCGAAGAAAGGGAAAUAGCCCGUAAACCAUGCAUGCCCCAAUAUAAAAAAAUCAACAAUCGAAAUGACAAUUUUGGUCCUUGUAAACCGGGGCUAAAAUUGUAUCAGAUCACCAGCUUGACUGUUUUGGUUCUGUUGCGGUCUCGCGCCAAAGGGAUUACUCUGUUGCUGACCACCAAACCCACCGCCAAAGCCAUGUGACAUCCCAGCAGGUCCAGUUGCAGCUGGCAUUUGACGGCCUGCCGCACCAAAUCCGCUCGAGUUACCUCCAUACUGCGUCUGCGGCAUACCCGUGUACUGACUUUGCAAGAAUGGGUUAGUCCCGGUCUGUUGUGCUGUCAUGGCAUUGAGCCCUGCUCCUGCACUAUUGACAAAUGUUCCCGGUGCGGUAUGCUGGGCUGGUAUACGAAGUUCUCCAGUAUUUCCAAAGGUAUCCAUUCCCUCGCCGCUUGCAAGAAGUGCAUUGAGCUUGGCUUGGUGUGGGUCCAUUUCCUUUUGCGGUGGUUUAUAUGACGUGAUUGGGUUAAAGGACGCAGUCUUUUGCUCUUGUAAUGUUGAUAAGGUUGGCUUGACCGGGGUAGUGGCUUGAGGGCGACUGAAUGCUGGCGCAAAUGGAUUGUUAGAUCCGGUUGGAGUAGGCAUCAAGAGUUGUGUGUGUUGCUGGUUCGUUGCCCAAGGAUUGUUGGUGUUGACGGGAAGUAUUGGCUCUGGAGCUUGUUGUUGAAAUGCAUUCGAGUUUUGGUAUGGGUUGAAACUCGUGUGUUGUGGCUGUAAUUGUUGAGCUCCAUAAGGAUCAAAGCCAGUUGGCUGGGGUUGGAAUCCGUUCUGAAAUCCAUUCUGAUAACCAGUCGGUUGGCUUUGCAUGCCGGUAUAUAUGUUGCUAAAGCCAGUGGGUUGCUGCUGCAUAUUCGGGUCAAUUGGGUUACCAGACCAAUCAACUUGACCCUGUUGUUGAUAGCCUUGGUUGAAUCCAGUAGGUUGAGCAACCUGAAUGAGGUCAUCAUCAAAUAGAGAAGCAGCAUUUUGUUCUUCCAGUUCCCUUCUCCUCAAUUCCUCUUCCUCUUUACUCAGCUUUAUUGCUUUGGCGAGGUCAUCGUCAUCUGGUUCCCCGUUUCUGCUUUGGCGCUUCUUGCGGUCCUCUUCUUCCUGAUACUUGCUCGCUUCGAUUGCCAGUCUAUAUUCUGCAUCCUCCUCAUCGGCUCGCUGAGCACGAUGUGGCCGUACUCGACGCUGGUUGUGAUUUUGUUCGUAAGGGGCUACUCCUUCAUCAAGACCGCUAACUCUAGAUUUCCAAUUUUUCCGGUCGCUUCGCUCAGCUCGCAACCGCUCUUCGUCCAAUAUUAACGAGGUCAACUCCUUGGCCGAAACACGAACUACAAUUCAUUAGUUAGGACUUUAGCGCACUAACAAUGAACUCACCGUUUUGUCCAACAUCUCGACCGUCUUCAUCAAUGUACUGGAACUCUCUCAAAGUCUUGAUUAUGUAUAUGUUCUUAUGUGCCCAGGUGACGACUAAUUCUGAGCCUUCGUGAAGACAGUAAUCCAAGACUUUGAGAGCUUUCAGUACGUGUCGCCAGUUCUUGCCCUUGUCGUUCAAGCGCUUGUCGAGCAUGUCCAUAAUCUCAUAAAACUCGUUCGACCUAUUACGCCUUGAUUAGAGAGAUUCAUUCCAUAUAUCAGUUGGCGCAUACGAGUUGAAUGUCAUCUGAGCGAUUUCCCCCAUAUCUGUC